GAAUGAAUGAAUGAAUGAAUGAAUGAAUGAAUAAUGGUAUAUUUACUAUCAAAUUGUAUAUCAACAUUAAUCACCAUAGUUUAAUUUUAUCUAGGUAAACUGUUUUUACUAAUAUUUCGGCAUAAAAGAACUCAGACCGAUUCAUUUUUAUCACAAAGUACUUUACAGUAUACUUAUUUUCAUUGGUUGAAAAUAUUCUCACCACGUAUGAACCUAUUUAUUCCAACGUAAUACUAUUACUUUUUUCUAACCGUUUAAAGCUAAUUAUAUGGAAUAAUUAUUUCGUUUGAAGAAAGUAUGUACACAGAUGUUUAUCUUUGUUCAGAAUACAAUUUUUUCUGUUACACAUAAUCUGCUUGAUGAUGGAGUACUUUUAAGAUAUCAGCUUAGUUGGCAUGCUGAAUUAAUUAUUACAUGUGACACAAAUCACUGAUGCCUCAUUUAUCUUUUUUAAGGCGGGGUUACAAGUAUUUUUCUUUUUUACAACGAUUCUUCACAAAGCAAUAAAAGGAGAUGAUUAAUUCAACUACGAUGAUACCAGGGAACCGGAGGACAAUGGCAAAGAUUCUGACAACUCUCUUUACCACAUUCCUCAUCAUCUGUCACUGCAAUGCAGGAGUCCUUCCUCCAAAGAUCAUUCUAGGCUCAAUAUCUCCAUCGGUACCCACCCCGCUCCCAUCAGGAAAGUGUGAAUACAAUGGAAAAUAUUAUGAUCCUGGAGUUAUCAAAAAGGAGAAGAAUGGUGACUGUGUGUCUGACAUCACCUGUAUGGAAGGCGGUGUGAUUUCGAUCGGGGACUCGUCCGGCUGCUGGGGAAGUAUGGAUAAAGAAGUUGCUGAGCUUUUGAAACGCAUAGCUGAUAUGAGUAAAAAUCACGAAACUACGCCCAAAAUUACCACACCCCUUCUUUUCAUGUACUGGUAACAAACAUCGAAACGGCAAUAAAAUCUCUGAUCAUUC